CCAGAAUCAACUAUCGCAGCCGAGGUUAGUACUUAAUCGCUCAACUCGAACGACUCUGUGUGACCAUCGCUCCCACCCUUCCCGCUCGGUUCUGAGAAAUAGACUCACAAGCAGCUUCUAAGCACCUUAUUCUGACAGCAUCGGAAACACCGACGUCGCGUCUUUCUGUUUUCAUAGAGCAGGCUGUAUCACUGUCUCACAGCAUCACUGCAUCACUACAUUGCUGCUUUCACAGCAUCUUCACCUCGAGCAAUCAACAGCCCAACGAUUCUAAACAGGCGCAGAGGAGAGGUUGGUCUUCGGCCGCAUUCGUCAUGUUCCCCGUGCAUCCCGCGCGCAAUCUCUUUUCCAAAUACGAGAUCCACGACAAGCUCGGAUCUGGCAGGUUCGGCACCGUCAGGCGAUGCACGCACCGCGCGACGGACAUAGAUUUCGCGUGCAAGCGCGUAGCUCCGUUUAAAGAAGAGCUCCGAGGCGCCGCUAACGAGAUCAAUUCCCUGACGCUGCUUCACGGUGUCGGCCACGUGACGCCUCUUCGUGACGUUUUCCGUGACUCGGAGGGUGCUCUUUACAUGCUAUCGGAUCUAGCCACCGGCGGGGAUCUCGUAUCGCGGAUUCUGAACCACGGGCCGCUUUCCGAGUGCGACGCGCGGGAGAUCUUCAGAGACAUCGCGGCGGGUGUUCACGAGUGCCACGAGAGAGGAAUCCUGCACCGCGAUAUCAAGCCCGAUAACGUGCUUCUGUUUCCGCGCAGCCCCAGAGAGCCGUGCCUUGAUAACUCCGAGUCCGACUCAGCAUGGUCCUUCGAAAGCUCACAUUCAAACACCCUGUUUGAGUCCAGCACGGCCGGUAGCACUGCCGGCAGCACUUGCGGCAGCACUGCCGGCAGCACUCGUCGUCAUCCUGCCGACUCCUCGGAAUCGACGUCGGACGUUUCGUCAGCAGCACCAUCGUCCCCAUCUACCUCAUCCGCUUCCCAGUCAUCAUCCGCGUCGUCGUCGUUAUCGUCAUCGUCGACGGCGAACUCCGGCGCGCAGCCGCGAGGCGUCGAGCCGCACCUCCGUCGAGUCGAAAACCGCCGCCCGAGUCCGACCACUCGGGCGAAAAAACCUGCCUCCGGUUCGGGGGAGGCUCGGGGGUGCGCGUUUGUCGCGAAGCUGGCCGAUUUCGGGGGCUCCACAGUGCUGAAGUCAGGGCAAUCCGCCACGGGGUAUGUUGGUAGCAUGCCGUACAUGGCUCCCGAAGUUGCCGCGCGGAAGCCAUACGGCUUUCCCGCGGACGUCUGGAGCAUGGGCGUCACGCUGUAUGUCAUCCUUUCCGGGCGGUGGCCCACGAUUUCCCAUGGCCGGCAGUCGUCUCGCGACUGGGAAUUACCGUGCUGGAAAUCCGUGUCAGGGCGAGCGAAAAGCCUGAUUCGCAGAAUGCUGUCCGGUGACCCGCAGGCUCGGCCGACUGUUGGCCGGAUUUUGCAGGAUGCGUGGCUCUGCGGGACCUCUACGUUCGCUGUAACGCGUCAGACGGCGUGUAUAAAGGGGAUGGAACCUGGAGCUCCAGAUGGGUCCAGGAUUCCUAGAGAGUCUACUUCGCGUAGUGGCAGACUGACAUGUAAUGGCUUGGCCUCACACCUGCUUCCACGUUGGCUGGCUGCGUGAGAGCAAUUUAGGUGCAACAGAGUCGUUGGUGCUCCAAUAAUGUAGUGAAUAGACUAGUUUAGCCCCAUAUACUUUUCAUACACUAUGCAUACUCCUCCACUAUUGAAAAGUGUUGGGCUGAGAAAAGCCCUUAGAAUCUUUCCAGAGACUAAGUCCCAGUUGUAAAAGGCUUGAGUAGUGCAGCGGA